AUGAGGAAGGAGACAGCCAGUGAAAGUGCCCUGGAGUAUCUUUUGAGGAAAGCAAGAAGUGAACAGAGUAUCUGCCAAGCAAGAGCUGCAGUGAUGGUUUAUGAUGAUGCCAAUAAGAAAUGUCCAGCUGGUGGCUCAACUGGGUUCAGCAGAGUUCAUAUAUAUCACCAUACGGGUAAUAACACUUUUCGAGUUGUGGGAAGGAAGAUUCAGGACCAUCAGGUCGUGAUAAAUUGUGCCAUUCCUAAAGGAUUGAAGUACAAUCAAGCUACACAGACCUUCCACCAAUGGCGAGAUGCUAGACAGGUGUAUGGUCUCAACUUUGGCAGUAAAGAGGAUGCCAACGUCUUUGCAAGUGCCAUGAUGCAUGCCUUAGAAGUGUUAAAUUCACAGGAAGCAGCCCAGAGCAAGGUUACUGCUACCCAGGACAGCACUAAUUUGCGAUGUAUUUUCUGUGGUCCUACAUUGCCUAGACAGAAUUCACAACUGCCUUCCCAAGUGCAGAAUGGUCCAUCACAAGAGGAAUUGGAAAUUCAAAGAAGGCAACUUCAAGAACAGCAGCGUCAGAAAGAGAUGGAACGGGAAAGGCUGGAGCGUGAAAGAAUCGAGCGAGAGAGGCUGGAGAGAGAGAGGUUAGAAAGGGAAAGACUUGAAAGGGAGAGAAUGGAGCAAGAACAGCUUGAAAGAGAGCGGCAAGAACGCCUAGAACGAGAAAGGCAAGAUCGGGAGAGGCUUGAACGGGAAAGACAAGAAAGAGAGCGGCAAGAACAGUUAGAAAGGGAACAGUUGGAAUGGGAAAGAGAGAGAAGAAUAUCAAAUGCUGCUCCAUCUUUCGACAACUCCCUGUAUAGUGCUCCACUUCCUGAAUAUUCCAGUUGCCAGCCUCCUUCAGCACCUCCUCCAUCAUAUGCUAAAGUCAUCUCAGCUCCAGUGUCAGACGCCACUCCUGAUUAUGCUGUAGUGACCUCUGUCCCACCUACUUCCACACCCCCUACACCACCACUACGACACUCAGCGACACGGUUUGCAGCCUCUUUAGGCUCAGCCUUCCACCCUGUUCUGCCCCAUUAUGCUACAGCUCCUCGUCCUCUGAACAAAAACUCUCGGCCUUCUUCUCCUGUGAAUGCACCCCCUUCUCAGCCUCCAGCUACGAAGCCUUUUGCCUGGUCUGCUUCAAACUUUGCACCCCUCCCUCCGUCGCCUCCAGUUAUGAUUAGCAGCCCUCCAGGCAAAGCUACCGGGCCAAGGCCUGUUCUCCCUGUUUGUGUUUCUAAUCCGUUGCCCCAAAUGCCUCCGUCACCUACUGCACCCAAUGGGCUUCCUGAUUCUGUAACAUAUCCAGCACCUUCACCGUCUACCUCAGGUCCAGCAGCUCCACCUCCGCCACCACCACCUCCAGCACCUCCACUGCCUUCCCUUCCGUCACUGUCCCACUCUGGACCUCAAGCUUCUCCUCCUCCAAGCACCCCUAUUGCCUCAACUCCCUCAUCCAAGCCUAGUGUUCUCCCUUCUCCCUCUGCAGCUGCCCCUGCCUCUGUUGAGACUUCUCUAAACUCUGUGCUGGGAGACUCCUCUGCUUCUGAGCCAGCCUUGCAGGCAGCCUCUCAGCCGAUUGAAACUCCGACCCAGCAGGGUGUUGUCCUGGGACCACCUGCACCUCCUCCCCCUCCACCACUUCCAUCUGGUCCAGCCCAGACUUCAGCAGCACUCCCACCUCCCCCAGGUCCACCCCCACCCCCUCCACUUCCAUCUUCUGGGCCACCUCCUCCACCACCUCCACCACCCCUUCCUAAUCAAGUGCCCCUUCCUGUUCCUCUACCGCCUCCUGCCCCUCCACUUCCUGCCUCUGGAUUUUCUGUGGCAUACGUAUCAGAAGACAAUCGCCCUUUAACUGGACUUGCAGCUGCAAUUGCUGGAGCCAAACUUAGGAAAGUUUCACGGAUUGAGGACUCCUCUAGUCCAAGCGGAGGAAGUUCCACUGGAGUGAACUCGACUUCAGCUAAAACAGACACAGGUCGUGGAAAUGGGCCACUUCCUUUAGGUGGUAGUGGCUUAAUGGAAGAAAUGAGUGCCCUGCUGGCCAGGAGAAGACGAAUUGCUGAAAAGGGAUCAACAAUAGAAACAGAACCAAAAGAGGAUAAAACUGAAGAUACAGAACCUUCAGCUUCUAAGACCUCUUCAACAAGCACACCUGAACCAACAAGAAAACCUUGGGAAAGAACUAAUACAAUGAAUGGCAGCAAGUCACCUGUUAUCUCCAGACGGGAUUCUCCAAGGAAAAAUCAGAUUGUUUUUGACAACAGGUCCUAUGAUUCAUUACACAGACCAAAAUCUACGCCAUCUGCGCAACCCAGUGCCAAUGGAGUGCAGUCAGAAGGGCUAGACUAUGACAGGUUGAAGCAGGAUAUUUUAGAUGAAAUGAGAAAAGAAUUAACAAAACUAAAAGAAGAGCUCAUUGAUGCAAUCAGACAGGAACUCAGCAAAUCAAAUACUGCAUAAAAAAAAAAAAAGUAAAGCUAAGGAGAUAAGACUUCGACCGGAAAACAUAAAGUAACUACAUUUUGUGGGCUGUUAGAAGAAAAUGGAAACAAACACUUGGAACGAGGGAAAAUCAACGUAUUUAUAAAAGCUGUCACACAUCUACGAUGACCUGCUAUUUCCCUCCCAGUUUGCUGCUUUUUUCUGACCUUUACAACAGGAUGGAAAAGAGUCUAAGAAUUACUGUAAUGAUUAUGCAGAAAAUCCUAUACCUGUCAGGCAAGAUCACAGUGCAUUGAAUUAUUCUCAUGUCAAGAUAAAAUUGCACAUUUUUCAGAAUUCAUUGUUAAAACAAAGAGGAGAAAGUUCAAGAAGGCUUUUCAGAGAGGUUUUCAGUGUUAAUGAAGGAUUUAGCAAGUUAUUUUGUUGUACUGCAAAUGUUUCUCAGGUUUUGUCUUCCUAUCAUAUUUGAUAUUCCAUGAAUCAUUACAUGUAUAGGUUCAGAUCAUAAAACAUGGAACAAAUGGAAAUGUAUGUGUUCAUGAAAAGUGGUUAUUUGUAAGAACGUGACCUAAAACAUGACUUGUCCAGUUUGGGGAAUUCUAGAAUGAUAGGAAGCCUCUCUAGUUAGCCUUCAUGCAGUUUUGUAGAUUAAAAACAAAAGGGUACAGUCCAAAAUUUUAAAAUGUAGAUGCCUUCCUAAAUUGUUCCAAUGCUUUACCAAAUCAACAUGAUACAAUCAGUGGUCAAAUGUUAAAAAUAGUAUGUUAUAGAUUUACAGUUGGUUUCCAAGCUUUUUUUUUUUAGAUUUAUGCAUGUGGACAUGUAGCAACCACCGCAAAAAUUUUUUUUGUUUUUUUAUUACACAAAUCAAUGCACAUCACAAGCCUCUCCAGGCCCAGCCCCAGGGGGAAGAAUUUUUAUUUGUGGGAGGAAAGGGGGGAAUUAUUUUUCAUUUAAAAUUAAUUAUUUUUCUGCAGUAUAUUUUUUUCUCAGACAUUUUGUGCAUGAAUAAUAAUGAGGAAUAUUUUGUGACGGUAACCAUGUUAAUAGAACCGGGUACUUAAUCUUUCUUUAUAGUUACUUGUAUCUUAGGUAACUUCAUGGGUCUGGGUUUCACAUCAUCUAUCUAUCCCUGUGAAACUCAAAAAGUUUGAUCACUGAAUUUGGGAAUCAUUCCAUCCAUGUCCCUGCAGUAAUAUAGAAUACAAAUGUCCAGGUACAUAUUCCUGGUUGUCUCUAUUUGAAGCUACUUUUUAAAUUUGCUUUGAUAAUUUAACAAGGAAAAGAAUUGUGAUAAUAUUAUUAGGUUCACAAAAACACUGAUAAUAGAGAAGAUAAUAAAGAAUUUCACAUCAUUUUCUUUAGGGAAGGGAAUGAGAUUUUGAUGGUGGAAAGAAGAAACUGUGUGUGUGUGUGUGUGUGUGUGUGUGUGUGUGUGUGUGUGUGUGUGUGUGUGUGUGUGUGUGUAAAUUUAAAGAAAACCCACCCUCUCUCUCUUGACUUUUUUAUUUGAAGCUGGUAAGAUUAAAUGGGGAAAAGAUUCCUGUGAAUUGUUACCAAUAUAAUUCUUGGGAAGUUUUAGUAAGUCAAAUUCUACCAUGUGCCCCAUCCCCCAUUCCGGCCCAUUUCCCCAUGCCAUAUCUUGAUUUAUGCUAUGUAAUUUUAGUGCCAUAUUUGUUUUCAAGUCUGUAGGGAUCAGAAAUUUUACUAGAAUUUGGAAAAAUACUCACAUUUUAAUUUGCCUUUUAGGUUCUUUCAGUCUCAAUUUAUAGGCUAGAAAGCUUUUAAAUAGCAUAUUCCCCUAUGGUUAACCAAAGCAAAUUCAUAGCACUUAACCACUUCAAGGAAGGUUGAUAAGGGACAUUCACCCUUUUCCCCUAACCCCUUUAAAAUGUUUCUCGCUUCUGUAGAGACUCCAUUUUACAGAUUAGACUAUGAUGGAACUUAUCAUAAUAGUAUACAGUUCUUCUUUCCAGUGACUAUUCAUUGUUCUGCAUGUGAUAGUGAAGGCAUUAAAGACAAAAAGCAAGCUUUUAAAGUGCUGUUCUCUAUAAAAAGUAAUAGGAGGCAUUUUCAUCUUUGUUCACGUACUUUUUUUUUUUUUUAAAGCACACAUUUUAUCAUUAAGAUUGUUUACAUCCCCACCAAUCUGGUCAGAAAUCAUGUUUGAUUUUGUUUGAAAAGUUCAAUAGCCUGGUGGAAUAGUAUAUGGGGUACAAGUGGUCCAAGAGACUAAAAUACUGAAUCUUGAAAGAAACUGGUUUAUGCACUAAACGUUUUGUGCCUUGGUCAAAAAUUAACAUGAUUUCUGUAUAAAAGGAACAAAAAACACCCCAAUGUUUUUUCAUGCUAGUCUUCAUCUAUAUUUUAUGUUAUCCCAGAUUGCUGAAUUUGUUCUUUAAAGAAAUUGAUUGAAUUAAGGUCUACUGUAAACAUUUGCUGUCAAACUGACAAUUAUGUCAUUGCCAGAGAUUUCAGUAAUUAAAGUGAUAAAUAGAAGCUAAGGUUAUUUUCCUUUAUUGUUAAAAACUAACGUCCUUACCAGAAUAUUACCGUUUUUGUGCUUUUGUAAAUUGGAUGUCUUAAGCUGAGUACAGUUUAGGGGAUCCUUUCUAAUUCCAGGAAGGUACUGCUUUCUCAACACUGUGAUCUGAUCUGUGACAACUCUGUACUCUACACUCUGUAAAUGGCUAACAAGUCAAUCGCAAACAAACUGAAUGUACAAAUCUUAGUGCUGGUGCUGAAAUCUCUUCAGAAGAGUCAUCAUGAUUUAAAAGUUGUUUAAAAAAAUGUUUUUUCCUCAUAAAGUGUCAAUCAAAACUGAAGAUGAAACACUAAUGAAUGUUGAAUUUUCAUGCUUUAGGUGUACCUCCUUUUUAGAUUUUAUUUUUCAGUUUGUUCUCUGCUAUUUUUACCAUACUGUGUCAUUUAAAUUUCCUACAUGCUAACUUUUCGUUUGUGCGAUUAAAAUAAAAUUGCAAUAUAUACAUGUUGCAAUCACUUGUUUGUGACCCUUAGAUGCCCUGGAUUAAUCCAUUAGUUUUAAAAUAAGCUGUAGAGAAUGUGACAUACCUUUGAAGUCCCAUGAUUUCACUAGUUGAUGGUUUAUAUAUUGUUGUCCUUACUCUUUGAAGGGAAAGUUUUAUAGUAAAUACCGAGACUGUAAAUGAAGGGAAUAUUUAACGUUCAGAAAUGAAAACUGGCAGCUGUUUUUGAA